UUAUUACAAAUUAUAAACCUAUUAAUCGCCAAGAAUAGAGAAGAAUCUACAAUGCACGUGUUUAUAUUUAAUUAUUUGUGUAGGGUACAGAACGUUGCUCAAAUACAUUUUAAGAUCACCAUGGUGAUUAUACUAAUAACAUGUAAACAUUUUCUUACCGGUAGGGUCCGGUUUGUUCCUACCUACGAGUAAAAUUAACUACUUUGUAUUAUUGAUACAUCGGUGUAAAAUCUAAUCAUGUAUAUUUAUACAAACGCUGUACGCCUAUACAGUACUGUUCAUUGAUGUAUGUUCAAGUAUAUGAAAAUAAUUGAAAAUGGCGUACAACAUCAACCAAGAAGCGAUUAACUUCCAGUGUAAUGAUAUCGCACAGUUUUCCACCAAAACUUUAGAAGAUUACAGCAUUGUUAGCAGAAAAAAAUUGGAAAAAAUUAUUAAAAACUCUGAAAGACGCUUGACAGAAGACGAACAUCGUUGGUUAAUUGAACGGGAUUGCAAAAGAGUAAUUUCGAACAUAAAAAAGUACACGCAUAACAGGAGGAAAUUGGGAAAGGGUUUUCGAGAAGAAAGUAAAGAAGGAAUUGUUAUGAAAUUACCCAUAAGUGAUAUUGACCAGUAUGUACGAAAAAAUCACUUGUUUCGCGAUAAUAUUAUUCCUAAAAUUAAUCAUUUUCUAAAUAUUAAUUCUAAAAUUAGUAGUGUUCUCGAUGGCGAUAAUAAGAUAAAUAUUAUCUUGGAAAAUAAUUUGACUGUUAUAAACGUACAACAAUUAAACAUCAAUAUUAAUGACAAUAAUAACACUGAAUAUCCAAUGUAUGAUAAUGAUAUUCAUAGGACAGAGAACAAUAAUAUUUGUAAUUCAGAAGUGUUCAUUAUGGAUUUGGAAAGAAUUUACUGGGACAAAUGGAGGGAUUAUGUGAAGAAACUUAAGUUCAAACGAAAGAAUAGAUGUGAAAAAAUCGAUAAUUUUUUAACGAAAAUACAAGAAAAAUUGCAUGUUGAUCAACAGAAAAGCUCCAAAAUGCAAAAAACAUGGUGUCGUAUAGUACCUAAACAGAUAAAAACGACUUACGAUCGGCAACAAAUUAAAAUUGAAAAUCAAAAAAAGUUACUCGAGAAACAACAAAAAGAAAUCGAACGUUUGAAACUCCAACAGUUAAAAUUGGAAUCCGAAAAAGCGAUGCUCGAGAAUCAAAAACUAAUAAAGCAAACGUUUAAUGAAUCUGAAAAAAGAUUAAAAAUAAAACACGUACCACCAAAGAGUACUGUUGCGUUAAAAGCUAAUGCAUCAGAUAUAUUAAAUAGGAUGGAAAUAAGAGCUUUGGACCGUCAAGCAAAGUGGGAAGCAUUAAAAGAAAGACGCAGAAAAAUGGAGCAGGAACAACAACGAAAAAAACAACAGUUGGAGGAAAAUUGCUUAAAGGAACAAAUGGAACUAAAGCGUAAACAAUUAUUUGAAGCUAGAGAAAAUAUGAAAUUAAAAAAAAACGAAGAAUGUAAACGAAAAAUGGAAAGAAAGAUUUUGAGAGAUAAUAUCAAAAUUGCAGAUAAUUUCUAUCGAAAAUGUCUGUUAAAAAAAGGACUUGAAGCUUUUAUCGAAAAUUUAAUGAAUGUAAGGACACAGAUUAGAGAAGCUUCAUAUUUUUAUGAUAAAAAAAUGCUUGAAAUAUGCUUCAAUAAGUGGCGAUUUUUCGUUAAUAAUAAUUCAAAUGAGAAAAUAUUUUUGGCAGAUCAGUUUUAUAAGCAAAAAUUAAUGAAGACAAUGUUUCUUGCAUUCUUUAAGAUUUUAGAAGAACAUAAAAAGGAAAAACAAGUAGCCGAUGAUUGGCAUGAUUUUAAGCUUCAAGAAUUUUGCUUUAAAAAAUGGCUUGUCUAUGUUAGGGAAAUUAAUGCUGAAACUUAUAAAUCCAUGUUAGAAGCAGAAUCUUAUCAUAACAGAAUUAUAAUUAAACGUUGUUUUGACAACUGGAGGAGGUUUCCGGAAAUUGUAUACAAGGAAAGACUUAAAGAUUGUCGAUUACGAAUGUGGCAUGAAAAGGUUCAAGAAAUUUUACCGGACUUUAUUCCACCAGAACUUUAAUAAAGAUAAUGAUUUAUCGUCAAUAAAGGACCUAAGAAAUUCAAACGGAGUGCUUAAAAGCAAAAAUGCUAGUAUGGUACAACAGUGUUAUACUAACUUGAGUAUAAUUAACAUUGAGAGAGAGAUCUUGCAAUCAAAAUUAUUCCGGAAGAAAUAUUGAACACAUUUGUUAAUAUUGAUAGAAGAUUAUGUUUAACACUUUAAUAAUUAAAAAUAAUAAAAUACAAUAAUUCAAAAUAAAAUGUGUUAACAUCUUCUAGUUUUUUGAAUAUAAUUAUAGUAUAAAUAAAAUAUUUAAAGCAUAUAAUGUUGGAAGGUGUGGGGCGGAGUUGCUGCUGUUAUAAGGAUUAACUAUUGUAGCACCCCUAAGAUUUGAACUCAAGUUGUGCCACUGGACAUCUUAUGUAUUAUGUCUAACGGGAAUUAAAAAGUUAACAUUAUCUAUUUAUAUAUUUGAAUAUUUAUAAUAUAUAAAC